AUGGCCCCCAAAUCUCUCAACAACACCUACAUCUUCCCACCCGCCCCCCAACGCAACAAAAUCAUCUUCGCCGGCGUGGUAAUGGUCCUCGCCGCCCUCCCCACCCCUUCCUUCCUUCUCCCUUCCUCAACCGUCCUUCCAGCGACAGUGGCGCGGUACCUGCGUUACACGAAAAACUUCGUCUACUACUUCCUGUACAUUGCGCAUGCAGCCGAAACCGCGUGGUUUACUACACAACUGGCCAAGUACGGGGUUAGUUUCGGGAGCAGCGCGUGGUGGAAGUGGAUGGGGACCAGUUUUCUCGGAGGCAUAUAUUGCUUUGAUUAUUUUGGGAAGGCGGUUGGGGAGAAGAUUAUCUGA